UACCCUGACAGUCCAUAAUUCACUUCAUAUGAAGAAGUCACACUACAAGUCACUAUUGAGUAAACAAUCAGCUCGAAGAGUUUAGUGUUGUCACAUCACUCAAAAACACUGUAAGGACGAAUAAACACCGAUAAUAUAAAGGCGCAACCGAACCGCCGAACCAGACCGGUCCACCGCGCCCAAACAACGGUACGCGCGUUGCUGCAUCAUCAACCACAGUGUCUUUGCCAUUCUUCCAUAGGUGUGCUCCAGUAAAAAGCUGAUUUCUGAAGUGGGAGUUUUGCACUGAGCUUGAGUCCCUGUCGAAGGAAAUCCUGAAUUUGAUCAGGUUAUACAAUCUUGCCUCGGCAUAAACAAGAUGACUCCCCUAAUUUCACGACUCCUCGUCGUGAUGUUGGUGGUCCUGGGCACCGGGGCCCGCAAGCCGUUCAUCCCGGGGAAGGCCAAGCCCGCACCCGCUACCACACAGGAAAGCCGUGCAAUGGACACAAACAUUGUGGACUUCGAGAGGCGCAUGGCCGAAGUGGAGAAAAGCACAUCUGUUAUGAAACAGGAGAUGGUAGAAGUUGUAUCCGAGAACAGAGAGCUGAAAGAACGUUUAGGAGGAAUGACAACUACAAUGGCAGAACUGCACACUGCCCACCAGCGCGUCCAGGAACUCGAACGAAUCCUCAAGAAAUUCGAGAACUUCUUCGGCGUCCUCUACAGCGAACUACCUGAUGUCUUCGCCAGAGAGAUCACAAUCGAGAAGAGGCUGUCGAGCCUAAAUGAGUACAUUGGUAACAGGGAGUCCGAACUUGUGGCGCUGCGGACCCCACCAACGGUCAAGGCCGAACCCGGUGAGAACCCCGUGGAUGAAGAACUUCUCGGUGCGGCUAUGCGACAGCUCAGCACUGAAAACAGCAACAUGAAGUUCCGAAUGGAGAGCAUGGAGAGGAUGAUGAGCGAGCCUUCAAAGGACCGUCUUACUUCAGGAGGAUCAUUCAACGGCGGUGCUAUGGAUGACGAGACGGCAGAGAGACUGGAGAGACUUGAACGCUUGGUGGCGCUACAGUUGGCCCCUCAGCUUGAUGAUGAUGACGAGGAUCAGAACCCCAUGCAGAGGAUGUCACCUGGUGGAGCAACCUCCAGUUCGAGAUUGGCUCUCAGUGAAUCAGAUACAGAAAUACUGAGAGAUGAGCUGAACAGCGUCCGAUCUCUUUCAAGUACCAGGAAAAGUCUGUUCUCUGCCGGAGCAACACGUCACUUAACCGGCCAAACGGGCGUUUACCAGACUGUCGUCUUCGACAACGUCUUCGCCAAUAAGGGCAACCACUUCAAGGAACAUAACAGCACGUUCGUCUGCCACAUCAACGGCUACUACUUCUUCUCCUUUACGGUGCGUUCCUACGACCACAAAUACAUGGGCGUCACCUUACUGAAGAACGGCAACAGAGUGACAGGUAUCGGAGGCGAACCAGGAGAAAGGAACCAGAUGAUGUCGCAAUCACUCGUACUUCAACUGCAGCAGGGUGAUCAGGUCCAUCUCGUCCUUACACCUUCUGAUGCGUACGCUAUCUACAGCGACCAUGGCAAGUACUGCACGUUCACAGGCUUCCUUAUUUACAAGGGGUCGUAAAGCAGCCGUUGAUGGUCGGAGGUACUGCUCCCUUUUGCUCCAAGUUUUUGUUGUUGAUUAAAACUGUUUAAAGACACUGGACACUAUUGGCAAUUGUCAAAGACCAUUCUUCUAACU